AUGGCUCUCCCCAACUUCUCCACUCUCCUCACCCACCUCACGACCGCCACAACUACCGCCUACCCCAAGCAUGAUGUCUCUCCAUAUUCUACAGUGAAAGUCCUCUUGUUAACCUGGGACACAUCCGUCGCCGAACCGGCCCGUGAUCGCGAGGCCCGCGACCUUGAGGCCCUUUUCCGCGGGGUGUACUGCUAUGAGACGGAAUACUGGACGAUUCCGGCGCGCCGGGCGGCGGUUGAGGUGUCGCGAAAGGUAGCGGGGGUGCUGGAUGGGUGUGGGAAGGGUGAUUUGGUGGUGGUGUACUAUGGGGGGUGGGCAAAAGGGGGUGUUUGGGCUGCGAGCCCAAACCGAGACGCACCCACCGUGUCAUCCUCCAUCCUACACUCCUUCCUCGCCGAAACAGACUGCGACGUCCUCCUCCUGCAAGACUGUCCCACUCUCGAAUCCAACCCUAACCCUGACACGCCCUCGACCAGCACCGGCGGUAUCAUCGAGUGCCUUUCUGCCGGCUCACUCGACGCCCCCACUCCGCAAACCAGCUUCACAGCCUCCCUUGCCCAAUCCCUCGCACACGCCGCAUACACGGCCGACUGGCUUACCGGCGUGGAGCUGCACCGCCAGGUGUUUGUCCGGUUGCAGCAGGCUAACCCUAACCCUCACUCAUCCACGCUCUCCCUGGCGAAUGAUGCGUACUCGCUCGUACAGCUCGAUCAUGCCGGACAGCCGUUAGAAGAGGCGAGGCAGGGUAGCUCGGUCCCGGUAUACAAAGUUCUAGGGGAAAGGGCGAGAACAGUGGUGUUGAUGCCGCUAUCCCAGGGGCCAACAGACACCCCUCGGAUCCAACUCACCCCCCCGUCUCCUCAACCCCCCACCACUUCAACAACCUCUGAAACUGGCCCCGACGUCCUCGCCACCUGCCGUCUAGUUGACACCCACGUAGACGUACACGCCUGGCGAGCCUGGCUAAACAGCCCAGUCUCACACGGCGAGAAGACCCAGGAAAACCGGAAACGAAUCCAGGUUUCCGCCCUCUUCCCGUCCCCGCACGGCGGUGCAGUGCUCUUGCUACGAUUGCCGUUAGCUGUGUGGGAUAUGCUCGGUCCGCAGCACACUCCGGUCGGAGCGCUGUCGUUUGUGGGGUAUGUUACGGGGGAAGAUCAUAUCUCGGUUUGGAGGCGGGCCUUAGGGGGUGAAGUUGAAUCUGAGUCUGAGUCUGAAUCGGAACUGGACAGUGAGCUCGCGUCUGAUACGGAAGCGGGUUCUGAAAAGGGGGCCAGAAACGCUACACGGACCGGGGGAAAGUCGACCCUCUGGCCGAAGUCGUUCUCGAGCCCGGCACACGCUCGCGAGACGGUGCCGUACUGCUUGGCGCUUGCUGAGAUGCAGGGUGACACGGAGACCGAGACUAAAGCGGCGCGGGUUAUGAGGGCAUUUGCUCAGGAUAGAAAUCCGGCGGUGCGGUAUGUCUGGGAUGAGAUGGAGGCUUUUUGUGGAGAUGUGGGGUUUGAGGAUCUCCAAGGGGACGAGGUCGUUGCUAUUGUGGGCGGAGACGUUGUGGGUGAGGGUGGCUUGAAGUUUCUCACUCGCAGGGGGUUGUAUGACACGUUGGAGCCGACUGCACCACUCAUCGACAUCGAAACAAAGGACACACCAACCAACAGGCGUGUAUACAUUCCGCAUCUCGACGCACCGAGCAGCCUCAUCCUCGCAGCCACAGCCACCGAGUCCCAGGUUAAUCCCCUGCAGGACACCAUCUACAAGCACCUCACCCGUCAGGCCAGCAUUGCUGUUGACCUCGACCCCACGCAAACCUUCCACCUCUCCCUGCAUCUUCCCUUCCCCACACUCCGCUCGGCAUCCUCCCCCGACCCCCGCGGCCUGCGAUCUUCCGUCCCGGUUCCUUUUCCAGCAACCGGCCACAGCGAAGUUCAGACCCAAAAGCACCUCCAUGAAGCACACCUCGCCCACAGCCUGAUCGGACAUACCAACCGUGCCUGGACGGCUUACUCAUUCCUCGACACCUACUACGAUGACGUCUCUCCUAAUUCUACUGGUUCCGAUUCCACCGACAAGGGCAAUACGGCCGCUAACCAAAGUAGACAUGCCGUUGCGGCAUAUCAGGCUACACAAGGCGGGGUGGAGCGGGAUCCGGUCACUUUUGGGCGGAGCUUGGUUGGUGAUCAGAGCGAGGAUGCGAGGGACUACUUUUUGAAGGUGUUGCAGGCCGGUGUGGAGGAGGUUAAGGGGGAGUGGAUGAAUGCUGGGAGGGGGGUGUUAAGGGGGUUGAAAAUCCAGGCACGCAAAAGAGGUCUCAAUCACAGUCCCGAGACCCUCCAAGUCCUCGAGCACCUCAUCCACUGCCUAGCCGACACCCUCUCAGCCUGGGCGGCCUUCAAGGAGCAUGACUUGGGGUAUUUCGACCUAGACAACGAGGUACACCAGGCCAGAAUCAGGGCUGUAGAUGGGCACAUGCGGGAGUUGGCUGCGCUACGAGCGGAAUUGGAGAACCAAAGCCGGUUGCUGAGGACCACCACACCCCCCACUUCACCCUCAACCCCCUCACCCUCCCCAGCCCCCACAUCUCUCACGACCCCCCUCACAGUCACCCUCCUCACCCUCCUCCCAAUCCUCCUCACCCUCACCCUCCUAGCUUCCCUUCUCCCUUCGCCCCCCACUCUUAGCUUCCACACCCCUUCCCCCUUCACAAUGCAAACCACCCCCCACUCGGGAACCGCCCACUCGGGAACCGCCCACUCGGGAAACACCCACCCUGGAAACGCCCACGUAAUUCUGUCCUGGACUACAAUCAUACACUACCUGCUUGUCUCAUCAGUCAUGACAUGUCUGAUAGCGGCCGUAUGUAUGAUCACCUCCAACUGGUCAGCUGUCGCAAACUCCGUAUGGGCUCGCGUGGGUGGAGGUUGCCAUCGUGGGAGGGGUAGAUUCCUCGCCGGAAGGAUGUCUGGUGUCCCCGGGUUUGGGAAAGCUGUCGCAGGGCUGGCUGGUGUAGGUGGUUUCUCGAGAUGGGAGAAGGUUAGGGGUGGGUUUGUGUCAGGGUUAGGGUUGAAGUCUGGAUGGUGGGCUGGGAAGAAGGAGAAAUGGGGAAAUGGGGAGGCUGGGAAGGGGUAUGAAGUGGUGAGGGAUGAGACGGAGGAGGAGAGGGCUGAAGGGGGACGGGGGUUGCCGUUUUAG